AUGGCAAGCAAACGACCAAACUUCCUGGUUAUCGUUGCCGAUGACCUCGGUUUCUCUGAUAUCAGCCCCUAUGGUGGAGAGAUCAACACGCCCGUGUUGAAGAAAUUAUCGAAGGACGGCAUUCGCAUGACCAACUUUCACACGGCAUCAGCAUGUUCUCCCACCCGCUCAAUGCUGUUCUCUGGAACCGACAAUCACAUCGCAGGACUUGGCCAAAUGAUGGAGCACAUGCGGCAUUUCGGUGACUACUUCAAGGACAAGCCCGGUUAUGAGGGGUACCUGAAUUGGAGAGUGGCAGCUCUGUCCGAGAUUCUUCAGGACAAUGGUUAUCACACGAUUAUGUCUGGAAAAUGCCGCGGGUUUACCAAGAGCUUUUCCUUCUUGCCCGGAUCUGGGAACCACCACGCAUACGAGCCUCAGCUUGACGAUGCCGAGUUUAAGAUUCCAUGUCUCAACACCGAAGGCCACUGGAUGGACGGUGACAAGUUCAUUAACCACAGAACGGACCUCCCUAAGGACUUUUACUCGACAAGGUAUUUCACCGACCGCAUGAUCAAGUUCCUGGAAGAGAGGAAUGAAAAGGAGAAAGACGAGCCUUUCUUUGCCUACCUCCCGUUCACUGCCCCUCAUUGGCCCCUCCAAGCUCCUCGUGAGGUUGUCGAGAAGUAUGCUGGAAAGUACGAUGAUGGACCAGACGCUCUGACCCAACAUCGUUUGCAACGGCUCGUAGAGUUAGGCCUUGUGGACAAGGGCAUCGAACACGCGCCCCCCACCGGCGUUUUGGGCAAGGAUUGGAAGGACUUGUCGGACCUUGAGCGCAAGGAGUCAGCAAGGAAAAUGGAAGUCUUUGCUGCGAUGGUUGAGCUGAUCGACGAGAAUAUCGGCCGAGUGAUUGACCACCUCGAGUCCACUGGCGAACUCGACAACACGUUCGUGCUCUUCAUGUCUGAUAACGGAGCUGAAGGAGCGGCGCUGGAAGCAAUUCCCAUGAUGGGCGGAGAAACAACUUUUGCCGGCGUGAUUCAAAAGUACUACGACAAUAGCCUUGAUAACAUCGGGGAGAAAUCAUCCUUCUCUUGGUAUGCUAAGGAAGAAGCCAUCACCCAUCGUUUCACAACAGUCAUGGACAUUCUCCCUACCAUCCUAGAAAUGGCUCAAGUACAGCAUCCCGGAACCUCGUUCAGGGGCCGCGAAGUCGUCAUACCCCGCGGCAAGUCCUGGGUGUCCCACCUGUCCUCCCCAGACUACUGCGCAGCCGACUCGACAGUGCAUGGAGAGGAUGUUCAUGUUCACGGUUGGGAGCUUUUCGGUCUCAGAGCCAUUCGCGAGGGCAAGUGGAAGGCAGUCUGGCUCAACAAGCCCAGGGGAAAGGACGAUUGGGAGCUAUAUGACGUCGAGAAGGACCCGGCCGAGAUGAACGAUGUGUCAGACAAAGAGCCCGAGGUGAUGCGCCGGCUUGUCAAUCACUGGGAGAGGUACUAUGCGGAGACAGGGAUGACCCAGACACCAGAGUUCCCCAUCACUAAGGCUUAG